GCGGACCGGCAGGCGGCGGACCGGCAGGCGGAGGACCGCGGCCCCAGGCUGCUGUGAAAGGCCCUGCCUCUGCUGUGAAGUAACAGUUUGUGGUCAGACAAGUCCAGAACCAAGACCUUGUCAUCACAGGAACGUGGAGCCCGGCAGUGGGACCAGCUCCAUCCGGUCGAGAUGGUGGACACAGAGAGCCCGAUCGGUCCCCUCUCCCCCCUCGAGGCUGAUGAUCUGGAAAGCCCACUCUCUGAAGAAUUCCUACAAGAAAUGGGAACCAUUCAAGAUAUUUCUCAGUCCAUUGGUGAGGACAGUUCUGGAAGCUUUAGUUUUACAGAAUACCAGUAUUUAGGAAGUGGUCCAGGAUCAGAUGGCUCCGUUAUUACAGACACCCUCUCACCAGCCUCGAGUCCCUCGUCCAUCUCUUACCCUGUGGUUCCUGGCAGCGCCGAGGAAUCGUCCAGUGUAGCACUGAACAUCGAGUGUAGAAUCUGUGGGGACAAAGCCUCGGGCUACCAUUACGGAGUUCACGCAUGUGAAGGCUGCAAGGGUUUCUUUCGGAGAACUAUUCGGCUAAAGCUGGCAUAUGACACAUGUGACCGUAGCUGCAAGAUUCAGAAAAAGAACCGGAAUAAGUGCCAGUAUUGUCGUUUUCACAAGUGCCUUUCAGUUGGGAUGUCCCAUAAUGCGAUUCGUUUUGGACGAAUGCCAAGAUCGGAAAAAGCAAAAUUGAAAGCAGAAAUCCUUACAUGUGAACAUGACCUAGAAAAAAAUUCUGAAACCGCAGAUCUCAAAUCUCUCGCUAAGAGGAUUUACGAGGCCUACUUGAAGAACUUCAACAUGAACAAGGUUAAGGCCCGGGUCAUCCUCGCGGGAAAGGCCAGCAACAAUCCGCCUUUUGUCAUACACGACAUGGAGACGUUAUGUAUGGCCGAGAAGACUCUCGUGGCCAAGUUGGUGGCCAACGGCAUCCAGAACAAGGAGGCAGAGGUCCGCAUCUUCCACUGCUGCCAGUGCACGUCUGUGGAGACGGUCACGGAGCUCACGGAAUUCGCCAAGUCCAUCCCGGGGUUCGCAAACUUGGACUUGAACGACCAAGUCACUUUGCUGAAAUACGGAGUUUACGAGGCCAUAUUUGCAAUGCUGUCUUCUGUGAUGAAUAAAGACGGGAUGCUGGUAGCAUAUGGAAAUGGUUUUAUAACUCGUGAAUUUCUAAAAAGCCUAAGAAAACCAUUUUGUGAUAUCAUGGAGCCCAAGUUCGAUUUUGCAAUGAAGUUUAAUGCACUGGAGCUGGACGACAGUGAUAUUUCCCUUUUUGUGGCUGCUAUAAUUUGUUGUGGAGAUCGGCCCGGCCUUCUAAACGUGGGACACAUUGAAAAAAUGCAGGAGGGUAUCGUGCACGUGCUCAAACUUCACUUACAGAGCAACCAUCCCGACGACGUCUUUCUCUUCCCAAAACUCCUGCAAAAGAUGGCAGAUCUGCGGCAGCUGGUCACGGAGCAUGCGCAACUGGUGCAGGUGAUCAAGAAGACAGAGUCCGACGCCGCCCUGCACCCGCUGCUGCAGGAAAUUUACAGGGAUAUGUACUGAAUUCUUGGAAAUGCACACAAAAAAAGAAACUUUUCAAGCGUUUUUAAAGGCGACAGCACUACAAGUGAGAGAUGGGAGCAACGCAACUUUGCACAAAUGUCACCAUUUGAACCUGGGACAAAGGAAAGUAUAAGCUCUAGGUAACCGGAAUCCUGUUCCAUGUUUCUUUCUUUUUUUAACCACUGCUUCAAGAAAUGCUGGUGAUAAACAGCUAUUAGUCAGGACUUGGAAAAUUACGGAGAAUGGUGUUCAGUGGUCUGAUUUAAUGCACCCGAUGUGAAUCAAUGCAGAUUUCUUUGUCACCUUAGGAAUUUACUGGUGAAUUAACCUCAAAAUACGUGGUCUGUCUUCCCUUUGCACCACGUUUUGACUGUUGUGCUCCUUUAUAAUUUUGAAAACUAAUCAGCACUUUUUAAUUUUUAUAAUCCUGUAAACCUAGAUGUCUCCAAAGGUUAGGUAUUUAAAAAGUUUCCUGAAUUUGAAGAAAGACAACAUGCCGGUUUUGAAUCGUAGGAUUUAGAAUGUCAAAGAAUGAUUCGAUAAGCUAUCAAAAUGCAGCAAUUGUUUUGUUUCAGUUCGCUGUUUUCAUGGUGUAACUAAUAUGUGAAAAAGCCUGUUCCCAGGUUUGUGUAGAAGAUCCCGGAAAGCCACGUCUCACGGGCCCUCUGGACUCGAUCCUCCGCCUGUUUAAAGCUAGCGUCUGUGGUCAGCAGGAACAAGACAGACUCUGAAGCAUGUCAGCUUCCCAUUCCUCUCACCUCCAUUUCCGAUCAAAUCUGAACCAACUGACUCAGGCUGUUUGGGGGCCACGGUCACGUCUCCAGGGGCAAAGUGACAAGUUAUCUGUAAAUCUUGCGCUGGGCCCCGUCUGUCAAGGCAGCUCCUUGGUCUUUUUCUGUGUUGCUUUUUUAAACAUGCGGCUUAAUCUGUAUAACU